AUGACCCGAAGAAAACGUCCAUAUGUUCCAAAAACAAAAGGCUGUUAUCAAUGCUCACAGCGGCGAAUUCACUGUGACAGGAUGCAGCCCUCCUGUGGAAAAUGUGUCUCUAAAGGCUUCAUGUGCAGUGGUAUUGGAGUGAGAUAUAGGUUUCGUGAUGAGUCUGAGUUGAAGUUGGCGAAGAAACGAGAUGCUCCGGAUGGAAGUGAAUCAGAAGCGCCCGGCGCAGUGUAUACGAAUGAGGACACAUUAACCGGUGGUGCUUCCUCAGACCAUACGAACAAUCGGGCUGAUGAUGAUGCUGAUCAUUACCAACCAAGGUUUACUGGUUUGCGUCCUGUGCUAACAUGGAAGAACACGGAUAGCUGGAAGAGAUUUCUUUUGAGAUAUUUCUCAGACAACAUUGCUCCCGAAAUGGUCGUGAUCGAUGACAGCCAUAACGGAUGGCGGCAUCUAAUCCUUCCUCUAGCCUGGAUGGAUGAGCUGGUCAUGAAGGCCGUGCUGGCCGUAUCUGCCUUUCACCUUUCCGGUAAAACCAAUGGCUACGCUCAAUGUCAAGGCCUUGCCAAUUCAAGCGAGCUUUAUUCGGAGGCUAUCCACGAGCUCCAGAACCGGAAGAAUCUGGAUCAGUACGACCACCAAACGAAGCGGCGAGUCAUCCUGUCAAUCAUUGUUCUCCUUGUUGCGGUCAUGGUGACGGGAUUUUCGGACUUUCCGAUUCUUUUUCAUCUUCUUCAGUCUGCUCUCGAUACGAUUGGUGGUGAGGAUGAGCUUGGGCCAGAUGAGUUGUCUGAGUUUGCGCUGCGGCAGAUUCACAAGAUGCGAGUCUAUGCUGCUCCUUUCAUAAGCCAGCAAGCCGGCGUACAUACGAUCCUUUCCCAAGCCCCGCACAGCUUCGACUGCCUCUACUACAGCUCUCGCUUCCAUCCAGAAAAACAGUGCACGAUAGAUCUAAUCGCCAGCUUAAGGCAGCAAGCCUACGAUAUAUAUCUACAGCGUGUUAUGCUUAACCAAACUCCAGGUGAUGAACUGUCAUCGGCGGAUGUGGUUACAAAAUUUCGAGCCAACCUUGAAUCUUUCCCCGAGGGGUUUCCCGGUGAGCACUCCUUGGUUUGGGCAUCUUUCAUCGCGGCAUCAGAAAGCUAUUCGCCAGACGAUCAGCAGUUCUUUGAACAAUUCUUGUUAAGGCAGUAUCAUCGUAAUGGUUUUGAAAAUAUCUUGAAGGGGCUGGAGCUUUUGAAGAGGAUCUGGACGAGGGAUGUUAAUUGGCCGGCGCUUCUCCCUGAACCACGAGUUUUUAUCAUGUAA